AGAGACUAGUGCUUGCGAAAUUCAACCAAUUAACAAUGACGUUAUUAUGAUGUUGUCGGAUUUGCCGCGAAAAUUGAAACCGGGAAGUUAACUGUUUUGGCAGAAUUUUUAAAGAGAGACAGCUCGAAAAUAACUUAGUUCCAGGUAACUAAAAUAUAAUGGGAAUACAAGGUCUUCUUCAGUUCAUCAAAGAUGCAGCAGAACCAGUCAAUGUGAAGAAGUACAAGGGGCAAACUGUAGCUGUGGACACGUAUUGCUGGCUUCACAAGGGAGCUUUUGCUUGUGCUGAUAAACUUGCCAAAGGAGAACCAACAGACCAGUAUGUCGCCUACUGCAUGAAAUUUGUUGACAUGCUUUUAUCGUAUGGAGUCAAGCCAGUAUUAGUUUUUGAUGGAUGUACCUUGCCUUCCAAAAAUGAAGUGGAAAAAUCUCGGAGAGAGAAACGGCAAGCAAACCUACAAAAGGGGAAACAGCUGCUUCGUGAGGGAAAAGUAGCAGAAGCCAGGGAAUGUUUUACUCGCUGUGUUAAUAUAACACCUGCAAUGGCUCAUGAAGUUAUCAAAGCUGCUCGUGCCCAAAGUGUAGACUGCAUUGUUGCUCCUUAUGAGGCAGAUGCCCAGCUAGCAUAUCUUAACAAGACUGGCAUAGCUCAAGCUGUCAUUACGGAAGAUUCGGAUCUCUUGGCAUUUGGAUGUAAAAAGGUGAUUUUAAAAAUGGAUAAGUUUGGAAAUGGGCUGGAAAUUGAGCAGGCUCAUUUAGGAAGGUGCAAGCAACUUGGAGAUGUGUUCACAGAAGAGAAGUUCCGCUACAUGUGUAUUUUAUCUGGCUGUGAUUAUCUUGCAUCAGUCCAUGGCAUUGGUCUAGCCAAAGCAUGCAAACUAUUGAGAGUUGCCAAUAAUCCUGAUAUAAUAAAGGUGAUUAAAAAAAUGGGUCAGUACUUGAAGAUGAAUUUGAGUGUGUCCGAUGAGUACAUAGAAGGAUUUGUUCGUGCAAAUAAUACAUUUCUUUAUCAACUAGUCUUCGACCCGCUUGACAGAAAACUUGUUCCUUUAAAUCCUUAUGAGAAUGGUAUUGACCCUAAAUCUCUGAACUAUGCUGGAUGCCUGUACAGCAAAGAAGCCAUGGCUGGAAUGAUAGAACUAUUGAUGAUCGGAAGGUAUCACAUUUACAAAGUAUAUGGGACAAAAGCUACAAGCCUGCAGGUGACAGUGUGUGCUCCACAGAACAUCUGCAGGUAUCUGAAAAACCUUGCCUACGAGGAGUUGAAAGAGUGAUUAGUACAAGUAAACUGAAACUACCUAGCAAAGUAUCGGUUGCUAAAAGGCCAAGAGAUGAUGAAUGUUCGGAAGACGACCUUUUAAAUCAGUACUCAUUUAUCAGCAAGAAACGGAAAACCGAACUUAAUGAAAGUCUAGUAACAAAAGAGCCUUGUCCUGAGAUUAUAUUAUCACCAUCCAUUGUGAACCUUCCAAGUGAUAAUGUUGUAAAGCCUCCGCUCAAACCACGGAACAAGUUUGCUACCAUCCUACAAAGAAAAAAUGAAGAUGCAGGUGCUGUUGUUGUGCCUGGAACUAGGAGCAGGUUUUUCUGUAGUCCUGAGCACAGUCCUGAUCCUGUGUCACACAAAGAAUCACAUGAACCUACUGAAGAGCCCAGGUUAAACAAAUGUGUGAAUUUGGAUAACUCCACUCCAAUAGCUGAUCUCUUAACAUUAAUAGAUGAGCAUGAAGAGCAACAUCCUUUGUCUCCUGAUUUGAACAAAUCAUGCACACCGGUCUCAGAAUCUACUCCACAGUCAAACAGGGGAACUGGCUGUUUUAGCUGGUCAGGUUGUCUUGUGGAGAAGUCAAAAACCCCAAGCCCAUCUGGCCUAUUAUUGCUUCAGCAAUUUCAUAGAAGGAAGGACAGCUUGUCUUGGAAUAAGAAAGACAAAGAAACCACUAAAUUUGGCACUGAAGUAGAGGAGAAGCAGGAGUCUGAAGAUGAAAAUGAUCUUUCAUCAGGAACCGAAUGUUUAUCACAGUCACAGAAUGGCAGUGGUUUCUCACAAGGCAUUUUAUGCACUGAGAAGGACUCCUUUGAGUUCUCUCAGGAAUCAAAUAAGGAUUCAGAGUUAGAGGUCUCUGAGCAUAGCUCUCAGUCAGAUCAAGAAAGUGUCAGCCAUUCUGCAUGUACUCCUGUGCUGAAUGCACAAAAGGGCACACCUAUUAGGAGCAAGGUACUCAGGUUACAAAGGGUUAGCCCAGGAACACCAAAACAAAAUACAACUUUCAAGCUUUCAGGUCCGGCAAAGGCUAGUGGUUUAAGAAAGCGAUCCUCAUCUUCCCAGAAGAAGAAAACUACUUUUAAUGAUGAAAACAAGCCAUCAGGGCAGGUUAAAAUUAACGAUCUCUGGAAGAACUUUGGUUUUAAAAGAGAUUCUGAAAAGCUUCAGUCUUGCAAGAAAAGUGAGCCAAUGUCUCCAGUGAAGGACAAUAUCCAAGCUCUGACGCCUGAAACAAAGGAGGACAUUUUUAGUAUGGCAGAAGGUAGUACUGUGCAGCGAGCAAUAUUCUGCUGAAGAACAGCAUUCACCAGUGGAUGUUUUUAAUCUUUUACCCAUUUAACCCAACACCUUUCAGUGAAAGGUUAUGAGCCUGUUGGUUAAUGGUUACAGUGGACUUAUCUGUUAUCUUUGUUUUACAAAGAACGCACAAUCAUUGCUCCUCUGAAUGCAACGGAUGCUGACUUCACUGCAGUUUCUAACAGGAUUACCAUACUGACGACUAAGAUCAGUGCAUAGGAUAACUACUAAACUUUGCCUUCAGGGUCUUCCUUUCAAUUCAUAGUAGUGGAGUGACUGUUGUAUAUUUUGCAGCAUUUACAUGCAUUGUGAUGUGAAUACCUAAAGUAGUAGUCUCACUGAUUUUUUUUCAGAUGAUAGCAUUGGUGAUUAUAUCAGAAUGCUUGGUGCUAAACUUAAAUUACUUCACAUUUCCCUAACCGCACACAUGCUCUAAGUAAAAUAAUUAGCAGCUGACUCUCUUCACAGACAAAAUCCAAGCUUGAUUUUUGGGCUGCCUUAGACAAUCCCAUUUCUUGUUGUUAACAAGGAAUCACGGACUCUGAACAGCUCUUACUCACUCUUUGGGAGUCAUGUUCCACAUUUUUAGUCCUUCUAUUUUCUAGUUAACUGUAAGACAUUUUGUGGGAAAAGGUAGCAGUGAGGUGAGCUUUUAAAGUUUUGACUUUCAAUAGACACUGUAGUACCUGCCAUGUUCACACUUUAUGCAGAUAUGCUGUCCUUUGCAUGUUGAGGGUUGCUACAUUGUAGUGCCUACCACUGUAGUAUUUCCCUGAGCUUGAGUUCAUCCUCUCAUGAAGUCAAUAGAAAGGGAUUCCUGUAUCCAUCUCUUUGAAUUUCCAUGUUCUGUGCAUGGCCCAUGGUCACUAGUCUACCAAGGUAGUCUUUUAUUGGUUGCAAACAUGCUACCCAUCUAGCUGAUAUUUUUUUAUUAGCUUAUUUCAAUAAUGCACCUAUGUUGGGCAUUGCACAUAAUAGAAAUGAUUUAUCUACCCUUUGUACAACUUAAACUAAACUAGUCGGUUAACAUGCAUCAUUCAUCCAGAAAAAUGCAAUGUUUAUGAAUUUUGCCGUCUUUCACAAUGUUUUGAUAAAGUGACUUGGAUUCAGUGAAUAAAAUGUAAAUAUCUCAAUUCGAAAAAAAAAAAAAACAAAACUAAUCAUUUUUAAGAUAUGUUGCUCAAUUUAUAAUUUGUGUGACCUUUUAUCAAUCAGUAUGGACUCUCACUAAUUCAUAAAACUAUUUGCUGGUUGGAAGUUGUAUGGUUCCUAUUAAGAAAGAGUUUGCUGCUGGAAGUAUAGGUUCAUCACUUGAAAAGACGCUGUGAAGCCUGAUUAGGUUCAUUUGUAUUUAAAUUCAAAUGAACACUUUCUGCAUUUUACUACACUGAUAAUUUUUACAAAGGUGGAAUUAUUUUUCCUUCUGACAUUCAGUCCUUGAUUUUUACACCUGAAGUUAUUGAUAUCACUGAUUAUGAUUAUGGUUGUAGUCCCUGUCAAUGCAGAGGAACAGUUGUCUUAUGGAUAAAGUUAGAGAUUCAGGACAUAGCAUAAUCAGCCUGAUGGUGCUAAUUGUAUAACAAAAGUAUAUAAAAAGUGCAAAUGUGAUAGAUUGAACCUCUUAUAAUGCUGAUGACCAUGUUACCUUGGGAUUGGCUAGGUAACUGAGAAGUAGUGUUUUCCAUUAGUAAGUUGCACCACUGUGAUUUGCUGCUUGUUUGCCAUCCAUUGAAUGUAUAAUAAAACUGCAGAAAGAUAACAGUCA